AUGAACCGCUUUGCUUACCCUGAAGCUUGGAAAUUUCCCUCACAUCCAUUGCGUUUUAUACCGCUUCUUGAUGUGGUAUUUAGAGAUGAAUUUGUCGUGGUUGAGGAGUCAUGGCAACCAAGACGUGGUGAUGAAGAAGAAGUUCAUAUGCAAAAUGAUUUACAUGAUCUUGGUGAUAUGGAACAAGAUGACACAGCCUGGUUAGAAACUACAAUGAAAGAUACUCCGAAUGUUAUCGAGACAAAUCAUGUAAUGCCGUCACAACAAAUUAUGAAAGAUACAUCUCGCCGAAAGCGUAAGCGCAAUCCGGUAGACUCGACGCUCGAUCGUAUUGCUGCGACCAUGGAAGACCGAAAUGGUAUUCUAGAACAGAUGGCAUCAUCUACAUCUAAAUCAAAGUCAACAAAUGCAACUGAGGAAUGUAUGGCUCUUGUUGUCAAAUGUGUGAGAGGAGUACCUGAUCUAAUUCCUAUAUUGGGCAUCACUUGACCUUAUUGCAACAAAUGAUGUUGUGCGAGGCUUAUUUAUGGCUCUUCCUGAUGAUGAGAAACUACCUUUUUUGAAACGUCAAACUAAGGAGUCCCGUAACGAUUUUUUUGAUGAUUAGCUUUAGUUGUUCUUUUCAAUGGGAAUUGUGCUUUUAUGUUUGCAUGAAACAAUAAUCAUGCCACUAAUUUAAUUGCUUUUAGUUAUUAUUUAUUAUUUUGUUAUUGGAUUUUAAGUUUAUUAUUUUUAAUUAUAAAUUU